AUGAUGGCCUUGUCCGCCAUCUCCCUGCCCAGCUUCCCGUACGCCCACACGCUCCGCACCGCGCCAAAUGUGCGCGACACGUCGCGCAACCGACGCACGAUCGCAGCGCAGUCGGCGCCGACGGGCACGGGCGCGGUGGGAGUGGCGACGGCGAAGCUGAGCAAGAGCGCGGGCGACGGAAAGAACUCCACAUGCUCCUACUACGGAAAUUUCAACGCCAACCCUUACUUCGGCAAAGGGCUUACUGCUGCACUUCCUGACGCGCUCUUCGGCAAGCGCUGCGGCGCGUGCUUCAAGGGUUCGGAAGCCGCCCCUGUUAACAUCACGUACAAGCGCACCAACUGCCAGUCGACCGCCGGAUCCGCGGUGCGCGUGCGCAGCAACUCUACCGCGGAACACUUCAACAUUCAGAUGGUCGGCCUUGCCGGCCCCGGUACGCUUAUCGAGGUCGAGCUUAGCGCGGACGGCAAGAAGUGGGUGAAGCUGACCCGCGACGAGAACAGGGCGAUCUGGGGGAUCAAGGGCGCGGAGGCGAAGGAGGUUGUGGGCGCGAAGAAGGCGAUGAGCGUUCGCCUCACUGCGGGACACACCCACGAGAAGAUCACCCUCGAGAAUGUCAUUCCCGCCGCCUGGAAGGCCCAGACGCUCUACUCGUUCAAAACCAACUUCAAGAAGCUCCUGCCGGAAAGCAAGUAA